AUGGAGCAGUCUCCUGAGACAGGGCCAGCAGUUUCCCAGCAUGCAGAUGAUCGUGUGGUCUCGGAACCAGGAACAGAACUCCAGCUGUGCCUGGGAGCUGAGGUCCUUGUCCUGGCCCCACAGAGAGCCCUGCAGCUCACACUCAUUAGCAUAGUCAUCAUGGUCAUUCCUGAUCAUGCCUUGAGAGCCACUGGCUCCCAGGGGUCCUUCCAGCUGCCCAAGCUUAGUCCUGAAAGAUUGGAACUGCCGGUGGAACUCAAGUUAGACCUCCACGGCCUGGGGCCCUUGCUCAGCUCUGCCCACAGACCUCUGCCUCCCUCACCCAGUCCAGGGCCCAGAGUCUGCCACAAAGGCCCACGCAGGCCAGCUAGCAAGGCCCAAAGAUGUCUGUUCCAACAGUGA